AGUGAAAGAAAGGAAAAGCAAGGAGUUCCUAAAGAAGCUAUGGAUAACCAAGACACAUCUUCAUUAACUUGUAUUGUAGCACAAGUGGCAAAGCAGCAGCAAUUACAAACAUCAGAGAUAGAAAAAAACAAAAAAGUUCUAUUCUAUUUGCAGAAUGAACUUCAUGAGCUUGAAAAACAAAUAGCAGCUGUCUCUGCAGAAACUAAAGAAACAGAGAGGCAAAUUUUUCAGCAAGAUGCUGCUAUGGAGAAUACCAAACUUCACUGUGGAAGCCUGGAAACUCAAAUUCAGUCCUUACAUACAGAAAAUGUAAAGCUUAAAUUUGACAUAGAAACAGCCCAAGAAGAUUUUGAGGAACACAUGAUAAGAUAUAAUGUAUAUUAUUCAAAAAUAAAAGCACAUAAAGAUAGUUUGGGGGAGAUAGAAAGCAAAUGGUCAUUUAUGACUGAACUCCAGGAAAAACGAGAUCUUGUUAAAAAACUAAAGACAAUGAAAGAGGAACUUAUGCAAGAUCUCCAAAAUCCACAAGGGAACCGAAUAACACAAGUACAGGAAGACAUUACAAAGCUAAAGGACAAAAUUGUAACUAUAAAAGAAUCUAUCAUUGAAAAAUCUUGUUUUCUUGAGGAAGAAAAAAAGACACAUGAAAAAUUAAGAAAAGAAAUAGAGGUGCAACAUAAGAGAUAUGAUGCAAUUCUUAAGCGUUUGCAUUGUCAGGUGAACAAGCUUCAGUCAAAUAGAAGACAAUGGCAAUGGAACAUUCAGCAACUGGAAAAAACUGCAGCUGAACUAAGAAAAUGCAUUAGAAUGCAAGAAUAA